AUGCUCUUGAUCUUUUGGUUUGCGUUUCUCAUCCCACCGCUUUUGGCCCUAAAUGGCCACUCCAUUAGGACAAAAAUGGGCACCUUGAAAAAGGUGCCGCAAAUGCCCAAAGAAUUAAUACGAUCCCGAAAUACCCCAGACGGUAACCUGCGGCUUUCAGCACUGCGAUUGCCGUUUGGAAACAUAUUUUCGUCACAAAAAGUUCCUCGCCUGAAACCGGGGUCCGAGCCGCACCUCACCAAUUCCACCUCGAAAGAACCUGUGCUUACUAUUACAUCCAAAACUGCCUGGGUCAACGAUUUCUUGAUCAAUUUGCGAAAUAAGGGCAAGGAACACAAAUUGGCAAAACCUAAGCCAACUUCCGAGCCUCAUGACAAUAGUAAGCUCAAAUCAAAAAUCACCAGCUACCAAGAUUUCGAGGCAAAGGAUGAUCUCAAAGGAUGGACCAAACUAAUCACUUCCAAGGAUAACAGCGAAGUAACUUCAACACACGUCCAAGAAGUUCGUAUGCCCAUAAUGCCAACGUUUGAUAGACAGGCAUUUAUUCGGUACUUGGUCGACACCAAAGGAUUCAAUGAAGCCGAUCUUUCAUUUUUGCGUACCAAUCUCGACUAUGGCUUUGCUGAAAUAGACGAAGAGCUCACCAAAAUCAGAAACUUGGAACGGAACCAGCUGCAAGAAUGUAUUUCCAUUGGAGGUGAGAGUAUGGGGUCAAUAACUUGUAUCGACAAGCUAGCGUUCUUAGGACUCAUAAUGCUCCUAUGGUGA